UUACAGUCGAGGUCAGCGACUCACAGAGAGAGAAUUCCUGCCUGUGCUCUUUUGAUUUGAGCUCAAAGUUUUCUCCAGAAUCUGAAUCCAGAUUUUGUGAGGUUUGAGAUCUAAAUUUUUUCAAUCAUUUUUCAAAAAUGAAGAGAUUGGCAUCUAGGAAGUCUCACUCCUGGUGGUGGGACAGUCAUAUCAGUCCAAAAAAUUCUAAAUGGCUAUCCGAAAACCUUGAACAGAUGGAUCGUUUAGUAAAGGAAAUGCUGAAGCUGAUUGAAGAAGAAGGGGAUUCUUUUGCCAAAAAGGCUGAAAUGUAUUAUAGAAGGCGUCCGGAGCUGAUCUCUCAUGUUGAGGAGUUCUAUCGUAUGUAUCGAGCGCUUGCUGAGCGCUAUAAUAUUUUAACUGGUGAACUGCGCAAGAAUAUUCCCUCUGAUCUCCAAUCUCAAGGUUCUGGCAAUUCUUCUGACUUCGGUACAGAACCAGCUUCCCCUUCUUUUUCACGCUCUCCUGAUCGAACUCCAGAUCGCAAGCAGAAUCUUCCCAAGCCAUCAAAGAGAGCUGCAGGCUUUGAUGUCUUCCUUGGCUCGACGACCAGCUCUGAUUUUUCUAGGAAGGGAUCUGAUGAUUCGUCUUCAUCCUCUUCAUCAGAAUCUGGUUCCGACUCUGAGGAUGGAAAGGUUGUUGAUUCAUUUGAGAACACGUCAGGGCUGAAUGACCGUAUAAUUCAUUUAGAAAAUGAGCUUCGUGAAGCUACGGAGAAGCUUAUGGAGUACGAGAAAUGUUCUAACGGCCGUUGUGUUCAUUUUGCUAGCAUGGAUGAACAUCAUGAUCCAGAGGAUAAAAGUGCAGCAGAUGGUGUAGAUGUAGAGGUCAAAUCAGACGAUAAAGCGGCAGUUUUAGAAACAGAGAUAUCGAACCGCGAAGAUGAAUUAAAGUCUCUCAAGGAAGCGAUGGAGGAUGCUGCUAAGCGAUUCGAGGCUGAAAUUUCACUGAAGGAUCAUAUCAUUGAGGAGCAGAAAACACAGCUUGAUGCUGCAAUGAACAAAUUAAAGCAGGAAAAAUUGAAUUUUGAAGCUGAGCUCAAAAGCAAAAUGGCUGACCUUAAAAUGGAGGCGAAGAAAUUAUCAGAGAAAAAAUCUACCCUUGAACUUAGAAUUUCGGAGCAGGAGCAAAUGAUUAAGGAAUUGAAGGUAAUUUUGGCUGAAUCUUCUGAAAGGUUUUCUCAUGAGAAGUCUAUAUUGGAAUCUGAAGUUUCCCGCUUGAUGAACGAGGAGAACAUCCUUGCAUCCAAGCUUCCAGCUUUAGGUGUUGUAGAAGUAGAAGGUGAGCUGCAUUCUGAAUCAGAGGAUAAAAGGGCGGUUUUAGAAGUCGAGAUAUCAAAUCAUAAAGCCGAGAUAAAGUAUCUCAAGGAAACAAUGAAGGAAUAUGAGGCUGAAAUUUCACUUAAAGAUCAUACCAUUGAAGAAUGCAAAAUACAGCUUGAUGCUGAAAGGAACAAGUUAAAGCAGGAAAAAUGCACUCUUAAAGCUGAACUCAAAAGCUGUGUAGCUGAUCUUAAUUUAGAGGCUGAGAACCUUUCAGAGAAAAAAUCAAGCCUUGAAAUUAGAAUUUUGGUGCUGGAGCAAACCAUAAAAGAAUUGAAGGUUAUGUCAGCAAAAGCUUUUGAAAGGCUUCUUCAUGAAAAAGCGAUAUUGGAAUCUAAAGUUUGCAUUUUGAUGGACUCUGUGAACAUCCAUGCCUCUAAACUCAAAGCUUUGGAAGUAGAAGCUCAGCUCCGUUCUGAAUCAGUGGAUAGAGCGGCAGCUUUAGAAGCAGUGAUAUCAAAUCAUGAAGGUGAAAUAAAAAGUCUGAAAGAAGCAAUGGAGGCUGCUGCUAAGCGAUUUGAUGCUGAAAUUUCACGUAAGGAUCAUACCAUUGAGGAGUACAAAACAAAGCAUGAUGAAGCAAUGAACAAAUUCAUGCAGGAAAGUUCUACUCUUGAAGCUGAGCUCAGAAGCUGUAUAGCUGAUCUUAAACUGGAGGUAAAACAACUUUCAGAGAAAAAAUCCAGCCUUGAAAUUAUAAUUUUAAAGCAGGAGCAAAUGAUGGAGGAAUUGAAGGCCAUGUCAAAAGAGUCUUCUGACAGGCUCCUUGAUGAGAAGACGACACUGGAAUCUAAGGUUUCCAGUCUACUGGACUUGGAGAAUAUCCAUGCAUCCAAGCUUCAAGCUCUGGAAGAUCGUAUAAGAGAGUUGGAAGUAGAUAAGGCUGAAGCAUGCAACACGAGUACAAAUCACAUUGAUAAAUUGAAUCAAAGGCUGGAUGAAUCUAAGCUGAAAAUUGACAUGCUUACAUCUGAGAAAGAGGAGCUCAAUGCUAGAGUGAGCAAGCUCAUGGAUGAUGCGAGAUGCCGCGACGAUAAUUGUCAAAGUAUGGCCGACCAUCUGCAUCAGUUGCAUAUUGAACAUGUAAAUCUGAUAAAAGAAGUGGAAGAAGAAAGGAAAAACUCUGCACAGCUAAUGAAUAGAGUGUGCGAGCUUGAGCAGGACGUGGAAAGGCAAAGGGUCCUAAUCUGAAAGAGGGAGGCUAUAAGGCAGCUGUGCUUCUCUCUGGAGCAUUAUCGUGAUGGGUAUCUGAAGCUCAGGCAGAUGCUGCAGGGAAACGCCAAGAGGCUUGCGGUUAUGGCUACUUGAUUUCCAUUUCAAUUUUAUAGUCAUUGUAAGAUAAGGUAUGUAAGCAUCUGUGCUUUCUCAUUGUAGAACUUUGCUGUUUCUUCUACCUUUUUAGUGUCAUGCUGAUUAAGCAGGAAUUUUGCGCAUUUGAGAGUUUAGAAGUAUGUUACAACUGCUUCUCGAUGCAGUUUCCAUGCAUUAUUGGUGAUUUAAAUGUUCCCUGAUAGCAAUCCCGCUAGCGAGAUGCAUAUUACUAGAGCAAA